GGGCGGGCGGGGUCGGGGCGCGCUCGGGAGCCGAAGCGGGGUGCCGGGGACUGCGCCCCGCGAUCGCGAUCGCCAGCAGGGCAGCUGGCCUGGCACACGGAGACUGGGCAAGUGCCAUGGCCCCACACUGGGCUGUCUGGCUGCUGGCAGCAGGGCUGUGGGGCCUGGGCUAUGGGGCCGAUGUGUGGUGGAACCUGGUGCCCAGGAAGACGGUGUCCUCUGGGGAACUGGCCUCGGUCGUGCGGCGCUUCUCCCAACCAGGCGUCCAGGACUUUCUGACUCUGACACUGACUGAACAGUCGGGGCGCCUGUAUGUGGGUGCACGUGAGGCCCUGUUCGCCUUCAGCGUGGAGACACUGGAGCUGCAAGGAGUGAUCGCCUGGGAAGCACCAGCUGAGAAAAAGACUGAAUGCAUCCAUAAAGGGAAGAAUAACCAGACAGAAUGCUUCAACUAUAUUCGCUUCCUGCAGCCCUUCAACACAUCCCACCUGUAUGUGUGUGGGACUUAUGCCUUCCAGCCCAAGUGCACCUAUAUUGACAUGCCCACCUUCACCUUGGAGCCAGGAGAGCUAGAGGAUGGGAAAGGGAGGUGUCCCUAUGACCCCGCUAUGGGUCACACUGGCCUGCUUGUAGAUGGUGAGCUGUACUCGGCCACACUCAACAACUUCCUGGGCACAGAACCUGUCAUCCUUCGGAACAUGGGGCCCCACUACUCCAUGAAGACAGAGUAUCUAGCUUUUUGGCUCAAUGAACCUCACUUUGUGGGCUCGGCCUUCAUUCCGGAGAGUGUGGGGAGCUUCACUGGGGACGACGACAAGGUCUACUUCUUCUUCAGCGAGCGAGCGAUAGAGUAUGACUGCUACGCUGAGCAGGUGGUGGCCCGCGUGGCCCGAAUCUGCAAGGGAGACAUGGGGGGCGCACGAACCCUGCAACGGAAGUGGACCACUUUCCUGAAGGCGCGGCUGAUGUGUGCAGCUCCACGCUGGCAGCUCUACCUGAACCAGCUGCGGGCAAUCUACACGCUGCAGGCCGCCUCGUGGCACAACACCACCUUCUUUGGGGUUUUUCAGGCACGAUGGGGUGAUGUGGAUGUAUCAGCAGUCUGCGAGUUCCAGUUGGAAGAGAUCCAUCGGGUGUUUGAGGGUCCCUACAAGGAAUACCGAGAAGAAGCCCAGACGUGGGGCAGCUACACUGACCCAGUUCCCACCCCGCGGCCAGGCUCGUGCAUCGACAACUGGCACCGCCAUCACGGCUACACCAGUUCCUUGGAGCUGCCCGACAAUACCCUCAACUUCAUCAAGAAGCACCCACUGAUGGAGGACCAGGUACUGCCUCGCUGGGGCCGGCCCCUACUGACGAAGAAGAAUACCAACUUCACCCAGCUGGUGGCUGAUAGGGUCACUGGGCUGGAUGGCAACCACUACACGGUGCUCUUCAUUGGAACAGAUGAUGGCUCACUGCUCAAGGCCGUGAGCCUGGGACCCUGGGUCCACCUGAUCGAAGAGCUGCAGGUGUUCGACCAGGAGCCUGUGCAAAGUCUGGUCCUAUCUGAGAGAAAGAAGCUGCUUUUUGCCGGCUCCCACUCUCAGCUGGUGCAAGUGCCCCUGGCCCACUGCAGCAAGUACCGCUUCUGCGCUGACUGCAUCCUUGCCCGUGACCCCUACUGUGCCUGGAACGUCAACACCAGCCGCUGUGUGUCUGCGGGUGGGCCCUCAGGCAGAGCGCUGCUAAUCCAGAACGUGACGGUCUCGGACACCUCAGGUAUCUGUAACCUCCGUGGCACCAAGAAAGUCAGGCUCACAUCCAAAAACAUCACGGUGGUAGUGGGCACAGACCUUGUGCUGCCUUGCCACCUCUCUUCCAACCUGGCCCGUGCCCACUGGACCUUCGGAAACCGGGACCUGCCCGAACAGCCUGGCAUCUUUCUGUAUGACACCCGUCUACAGGCCCUGGUUGUAAUGGCUGCCCAGCCCCACCAUGCCGGUACCUACCGCUGCUUUUCCGAGGAGCAGGGCACACGGCUGGCUGCUGAAGGCUACUUGGUGACUGUGGUGGCUGACCCAUCAGUGACCCUGGAGGCCCGGGCCCCCCUGGAGAACCUGGGGCUGGUGUGGCUGGCAGUAGUGGCUCUGGGUGCUGUGUGCCUGGUGCUACUACUGCUGGUGUUGUCGCUGCGCCGCCGGCUGCGGGAAGAGCUGGAAAAAGGUGCCAAGACUGCAGAGAGGACCCUGGUCUACCCUCUGGAACUGCCCAAGGAGCCCAGCACCUCCCCAUUCCGGCCCGGCCCUGAGACGGAUGAGAAACUCUGGGACCCCGUUGGCUACUACUACUCAGAUGGCUCCCUCAAGAUUGUGCCUGGACAUGCCCGCUGCCAGCCGGGCGGCGGGCCCCCCUCGUCACCCCCUGGUAUCCCUGGCCAGCCCUUGCCUUCUCCUACUCGGCUUCACCUGGGGGGUGGGCGGAACUCAAAUGCCAAUGGCUACGUGCGCCUACAACUAGGAGGGGAGGACCGGGGAGGUCUCGGGCACCCCCUGCCUGAGCUCGCCGACGAACUAAGGCGCAAACUGCAGCAGCGCCAGCCACUGCCAGACUCCAACCCCGAGGAGUCCUCGGUAUGAGGGCCCCUUGUGGGAGGCGUGGCCCUGACAUUUUUGCACAGGCAACAGCUACCUCAGGGACAUGGCCCCAGGCAUCUACUCAGCCCGGGACAGACGGGCCACGAUGCCCAGCGAUGAGGACUGCUCUGUUCAGCACAGGCACUGCCAGCCAGCACAGGGCUCCAGCUCACAGAAGCGUCUGCCUCCUCCAGGAGGUGCUGUGAAUCACGGGCACUUGGAUCCCCUACAGCCAAAACACUCCAAGGCAAAAGUUGGACAUUGAAGUGUGUGUGUGUGUGUGUGUGCGUGCAUGGAUGACAGUUGGACACGGGUUGUGUGUGCGCACGGUUGUGUGUGUAUGUGUGUGUGUGUGCGUGCAUGGACAAGAGACACGUCUUCCUGUUCUGUCGAGUCUUCCUGUGGCCAGGGUCCACCUGGUGAUUCAUUGGAGCUAUGAAGGGUAAGGGUCAUAUCACUUGGCCUUUGCUGCCCCCUCUGUCCCCGGUGGUCAGUGAUGUAUAUAUGGGGGGCCGGGCAGUGUGUGGGCCCCUUUGGGGGGGUACAGGGCUCAGGGGGCACUAGCCCCUGC